UAGCUCUCCCCUAAAACCACCUCGAUUUUCAAUAAAAAAGUAAAAAAAAACCUUCAAGAGCGGUUAGAGGGGGUUUUCGGUGGAGUUUUGGGGGUGUAUAGGUGUUUUCGGGGGAGUUUCGGGGGUUUAUGGUGGUUUUCGACAGAGUAUCGGGGGUGUAUAGGUGUUUUCAGGGGGAGUUUCGGGGGUUUAUGGUGGUUUUCGGCAUAGUAUCGGGAGUUUAUGGCGGUUUUCGGCAGAGCUCCGAGGGUAUUUGGCUAUGGUGGUUGUGGUGGUUUCGAGUGUGGGUUUGGGUCAGGGGUUGAUUUCAGUGGUGGAUUUGAUUAGUAGGGUGGUUGUUGAUUCUGGUCGGCAGUUUUCGGGGGUUCAUGGUGGAGGUCGACCGGUUUUCGAUGGGGCUAGGGUAAGGGUUAGGGUUUCACGGUGGGUGGAGGGGUGGCUGGUGGAUUUUUUUUUUUUUCAUUUUUUAAUUUUUUUUUUUAUUUUUCAACCAAUUAUAAAACGACACUUGGCAUUUUAACCUAUCAAAACCAGUUACCAACAAGUUAGGGACCAAUAGAAGAAGAUCCCCUAUAAAGGUGAGAUUAUUAAAUAAUAAUCCAAAGAUAGGAUUAUUAAUAGCGAACCGGCUAAAGGUGAGAUUAUUAGAAUCAAUUUUUCCUAAAAAUAAAAUAAAAAUUAAAAUCAAAAUUUUUUUUUAAAAAAAUAAAUAAAUAAAUAAAUAAAAUAAAAUAAAAUAUAGGAGGUUACACUCGGUCACUCUUGGUUAAUGGUUACGUAUCUUAAAAUUUUUUUGACUAGUUUGAAUCUUGAAAACCCAUAACCUAAAGCCUAAAAACCCCCAAAAUGCCCAAGCGGCAAACAUAACCGACUUACCGUUAUUCCCCACUAACAAAACCGUAAUCCCCAAGUAAAACCUUAAUUUAACCUUAAUCCCCACUUAAAAUCCUUGAUCCCCAAGUAACACUUUAAACCCUAACCCUUAAAUACCUCUGUUUUCCCCUGUCUCAACCUCCCCUGUUUUUUUUCCCUCUUCUUCUUUCUCUCCAUUUCUCCAAUCAAAAAAACAUGGUUAAACCUCGUACUCACGAUUGGUCAGAAAUGAACAAAGAUAUCCUAUCUUUGAUCAUUAAACGAAUCAAUAAACCAUCUGAUCACAUUCGAAUCAGCGGUGUAUGUUCGUCUUGGAGAUCAAUCGCUAAGUACAAUCGCUACACCUUAUCACACCCAAUCCCUGGCCUCAUCAUCACCAUUUCACGUAAAACCCAUCACCGGAAAUUCAUCAAUUUCCCACCGUCCGAUCAGCAUUAUCACAAUAUCAACGUCCCCUGUUCUCACCGGUGUCGCGGCUCGUAUUAUGGUUGGCUAGUCCUCACCGUAGACAAUCAUAGCUCGUCUAAUUCGAUAUACCUACUUAAUCCUUUCAUCAAACGGCGUCGUUGGCUUCCAAGAAUUUCGGAAAAUGUUGAAAAGGCGCUUCUUUCUUCUUCUCCUUCGUUUGACUCCAAGUGUGUCGUUUUGAUACUUUAUGAAGUACAAGGUGCUGCGUUUUGUAGGGUUGGUGAUGUUUCUUGGACUAAGUUGCAUUUUUUGAGUUGUGAAGAUGAAUGUGGGUUUUCUGAUGGUUUUUUUUUUAAGGGAGGAUUUUAUGUAGUGAAUGAUUAUGGUAAGAUAUACACUUGCAAUCUUGACCGUUGUUUGAUUAAGGAGAUUUCAUCUCAGCCGUCCGAUGUGUCGAAAUUUGUAAGGCAGAAAUAUUACUUGGUAGAAAUUAAAGGGGAGCUUUGUAGGGUACUUAGGAGAUUUCAAUUUAAUGAAGCAUUUUAUUACGAAAAUGCCAGCGAUGAUGAGGAUAUUUACGAUAAUGCCCCCUAUGUGGAUCCUUCGAUUUCGACCCGGGAGUUUCGGGUGUGUAAAAUGGAUUCGGGUAUUGGUAAAUGGGUCGAGGUCUAUGGACUUGGGGAGUAUGCAUUGUUCUUGGGUAUGACUAAUUCUAUUUGUUUGUCUUUAUUGGAGGUUAGUCAUAGUGGGAUUGAAGGGAACAAAAUAUAUUUCACGGAUGAUAGACAAAGGAAUGUGAAGGAUUUCGGGUUUAUUCGACCCGGAAAUGAUAUGGGUGUUUAUGAUAUGGAUUAUUCGGGUAUCAAAUCGAUUUGUUGGAUGCAACCCAAUUGGUUGAAAACUUCGGAUCCCUCUGCGGUUUGGGUUGCUCCUCUGCCUUGGUAGAGAAAUGUCACGCAAAAUGCAUGUACGUAGUAUUCUCUAAGAACAUUUUUGUUUUGGUACAUUGCAUACUAUGGUAUAGUAUAGGAAGAUUCAUGAUUUAGUGCAUAUCAUUUUUGGAAAAUCCAUUUUUGGUGUAUGUAAAUUAAUCUCGUAGC